AUGGGUUCUAACAAGACUUUGGUAAUGAAGAAGCAUCUUGCAAAGAAGUUGAAACAGAAUCGUCCAAUACCACACUGGUUCAGACUAAAGACCGACAACCGAAUCAGGUAUAAUGCCAAGAGGAGGUACUGGCGCAGGACGAAACUGAAGCUCUAA